UAGUUCUCAGUGUUCUCGCUACUUUGCAGCAAAGCAGUUCGCUUCUUGCGCGUAUUCGCGCGCGUUUAUCGUAAUAGGAUUUAUUAUAAAUAAUUCUAUUCCCAUAAAUAAACGGAGAGGUUAAUUAACAACAUAAAAUGCCAUACGCUAAUCAACCGUCGGUCCAUAUCUCGGACUUAACCGAGGAAAACGUUAAGUUUCAAGUGGAAGAUACCGAAUUAAGCGUUGCAAAUAGCAUGAGGCGUAUCUUUAUAGCCGAAACUCCGACUAUGGCCAUCGAUUGGAUACAACUGGAAGCCAAUUCUACUGUUCUAAGUGACGAAUUCUUGGCACACAGGAUUGGAAUGAUACCGUUGAUCAGUGAUGAUGUGGUCGACAGAAUACAGUACACAAGAGAUUGCCAGUGCAUGGAUUUCUGUCCAGAAUGUAGCGUGGAAUUCACUCUAGACGUUAAAUGCAUCGAAGAUCAGACCAGGCAUGUAACCACGGCGGAUUUCAAGUCGAGCGAUCCUAGAGUGCUACCCGUCACAUCCAGGCACAGGGAAGACGACGCGAGCGAGUACGGAGAAACGGACGAGAUUUUGAUAGUGAAACUGAGGAAAGGGCAGGAAUUGAAGCUUAGGGCGUACGCGAAGAAAGGUUUCGGAAAGGAGCAUGCAAAGUGGAAUCCGACCGCUGGUGUGAGCUUCGAGUAUGAUCCCGACAAUUCCAUGAGGCACACAUUGUACCCCAAGCCAGACGAGUGGCCCAAAUCGGAGUACACUGAAUUAGAGGAGGAUCAAUAUGAAGCCCCGUUUAAUUGGGAGGCAAAACCGAACAAGUAUUACUUCAAUGUGGAGAGCAGCGGGGCCCUGAAACCCGAAAACAUCGUCAUGAUGGGGAUUGCAGCGUUAAAAAAUAAAUUGUCGAAUCUGCAGACACAACUGAGUCACGAAGUGCAAAGCGACGCGUUGAGCAUUCAUCAUUAGGAAUAGCUUGAUAUUUACGUAUAAAAUUAAAUAUCGCAUAUUUUAUAAAAUAAAAUGAGAAAAUUACACCUGUAA